AUGGCUCUGCAUGUCUCACCUCCUGGAGGGAACCAGGUCCUCACUUGGAUCCUGCUUCUGCUGCUGUCAGCUGCAUACCUGCAAGCGGGUAACUCUGCCGGAUCUAACAGAGUAAAUGCCUUUGGGGUCAACCAACCAGCACGCCUCUCUGGUGUCCAGGGCGGCUCCAUCAAGAUCCCCUUCUCCUUCUACUUCCCCUGGGAGUUGGCAGAGGAUCCACAGAUGAGGAUUCACUGGAGAUGGAAGCACUUCCAUGGGGAAUUUAUCUACAACUCUACCCCGCCUUUCAUACUUGAGCAUUUCAAGAACCGGCUCAUCCUGAACUGGACACAGCCUCAGACAUCUGGAGUCCUCAGAAUCCUGAACUUGACGAAGGAGGACCAGACAGUGUACUUCUGCCGAGUACGUCUGAACACAAGACAUGGCGUGGAAGAGUGGCAGCCAGUUGUAGGGACCCAACUAAACAUCACUCGUGGACAGAGGACCAAAGCCGAAACCCCAGCCAGGGACCUCAUUGAAAACACUGAGGAUGUUGAACCUGAAGGACAGUAUGUGGACCCCAAAGAGAACCCCAAGGUAAGCCACUCAGACUCAGGCCUGAAGGAAGGUAACAACAUCGUGUAUGCCUCCAUUGCCCUCUCAUGUCCAGUCUCCUCAGGAACACCACCUCACCAGCCUGUCCAUGAAGACCCCCAAGAAGAGACUGUGUACUCCAUUGUAAAGGCCCAAUGA